AUGUCUGCCGGCGCUGCCACUCUGGAAUCGGCGGAAAUCGCCAGUGCCCACGCUCCUCCCAUCGACGACGAGAAGGGGCUCCAGGAUUUCAAUAAGCAUGGGACUCUACAAUCGUCCGACUCGGAAAUCAUCAGUGAUGUCCUGGUUGGACCCAAUGGAGAGCGAUAUCCGACCGACGAAGAGCUGAGAACACUAAGGCGCACCCAAGGCCACGUACCAUGGAUCAUCUAUACCAUCGCCUUUGUUGAGCUGUGCGAGAGGUUCGCCUACUACGGCACCAUUAUCGUCUUCACCAACUACAUCAACUGGCCGCUUCCUCCGGGCUCCAAGACCGGGAGAGCCGGUACUCAUGGCCAGGCCGGCGCUCUGGGCUACGGAUCGCAAGCAGCUACGGGGUUGACGCUGUUUUCACAAUUUUGGAGCUAUGUCAUGCCUCUGGUUGGUGGCUACAUGGCCGAUACGUACUGGGGACGCUAUAAAACCAUCAAUGUGGCCAUUGGAGUGGCCACGCUGGGACAUAUCAUCAUUUUGAUUUCGUCUGUCCCGGGGGUUAUUGAACAUUCGGACGUCGCGAUAGGCGUCUUCAGUCUCGGAUUGAUCUUUUUCGGCAUCGGUGUCGGUUUCUUCAAGUGUAAUGUUUCGCCCUUGAUUGCGGAACAGUAUGAAUCUGCGCACCCGAGGCCGGUUGUGUUUACCGAGAAAAGCGGCGAGAAGGUCAUCCACGACCCUGUCAUGACAAUCUCCCGCAUCUACGUACGGUUCUACUUCUUUAUCAAUGUCGGAGCGUUGGCCGGGCAGAUCAGUAUGUCUCUUUUACCUGAAAAAUACGUCGGCUUCUGGCUCGCAUAUCUCCUACCGACCGUUUUGUUUCUCAUCACCCCAUUCGUCAUGAUCUGGUGCCGAAACAAGUACGUCAAACGACCACCCACAGGCUCAGUCCUGUCCAAGAGUGCACGACUCGUCGGAUUCGCCAUGAAACGCAACUGGACAGCCAACCCGAAGAAAAUGAUCGCGCGAAUGGGCACCGACGAAUUCUGGAACAGCGUCAAGCCCAGCAACGUGGCCUCGAAGCCCAAGUGGAUGACAUUCGACGAUGCAUGGGUGGACGAGGUCCGAAGGGGGAUCUCGGCAUGUGCAGUCUUCACCUUCAUCCCCAUCUACUGGCUAUCAUACUCCCAAAUGACCAACAACCUAGUAACACAAGCCGGGACAAUGAAACUCAACGGACUGCCCAACGACCUCGUCCAGAAUCUCGACCCAAUCGCGCUGCUGAUCUUCAUCCCGAUCUGCGACAAACUCAUCUACCCUGCCCUCGCUAGAGCCGGAAUCCGAUUUACUCCGAUCAAGAAGCUCACCGCGGGGUUCGGACUGGGAUCUUUGUCCAUGGUCGUGGCAGCCUUGAUCCAGCACUAUAUCUACGUGUAUGCCCCCUGUGGUAAACAUGCCACCGACGCCGAAUGCAUUGCCGACCUCGGACCCCCCGAUAUGACGGUCUGGAUCCAAACUCCAGCUUACGUGUUGAUUGCCUUUGCGGAGAUCUUUACUUCGAUCACGGGGCUAGAGUAUGCGUUUACAAAAGCACCUAAAAAUAUGCGCUCGUUUGUGACGGGCUUGUGGUUCUUCACAAAUGCCUUUUCCAGUGCCCUGGGUCAGGCGUUCGUCCCGCUGGCCAAGGAUCCCUUGUUCACUUGGCUUUAUACUAUCAUUGCGUGUCUCAGCUUUGUCGCUAUGAUUCUGGUCUGGUUCCUGUUCAGGGACUUGGAUAGACGAGAAGAUGCUCUCAAUGCCCUGCCGGAGAGUACGUACAAGGGCAGGAAGGGGACUGUGGUGGAUGUCGAGGCUUUGCGUCAGGAGCAGCUUAGGCAGGAUAAGAUUCGACGGGCGCAGGGUCUGACUGUCGGGACGGGUGGUGCAACUCAUAAAGAAUCAGCUUGA